AUGAAGUCUUACACGGUUCUCAUGCUGGCUUCGGCCGCUGUUACCCAGGCCAUUCAACAGUGCUCCGGCACGGCCAAGGAAGAGGGUGGUAACUGGUUUUGCGGUGCUGUUGAUCAGAUCUUGUAUUCCAAUGUCGGUCACCCUGGCACUUACAAGGCUGUCAACCACAUGGGUGACGAUGGUUCUUGCACCUUUGAGGACGUUGCUUUCUCAGGCCCCCUGGCCCCUUUCAACGAGGAGCUUAUGCCCGCCUUCCGUGGUCCCAUGCAGCUGAAGCAGGUUGCUAUCUACAGCCUGUCUUCCAAGGCCAAGCGCUCCCCUGCCGCUUCUCACGUCCACGCCCGCCGCCAUGGCCAUCACGGUCACCAGCACCUCCACAAGAAGUCGGUCGAGUCUCCUAAAGAGGAGCCCAAGGAGGAGAAGCGUGGCGAAGACUGGGUCGUUGCGGAAAUCGACGGCAAGGUCGUAUCCUGGAUCAACAACUACUUUGGCCCUACCCCCGCGGCACCUCCUGCUGCUGCUGCGACCCCUGCUGUCGCUCCUGUUGUUGCGCCCAGCCCUACUCCCACUCCUUCUCAGCCCCCCGUCGCUGCUGCUGUUCCUCAGCCUGCUAGCUCCAAGGCUGCUUCAAGCUCUGGCUCUGGCUCUGUUAGUGGUGACUACGAGCGUGUCGGCUACUACAACGCUGAUCAGGGUGUUGCUGAUGGCAUCGUGUUCCUUGGCAACUACGGUGGCCAGCUCUCUGGCAAGUUCGACAACGUCUUUGGCAACUCUUUGUCCUACCUGAAUGCCGCGGGUACUGGCGGUGCCGCUUCACCCGAGGUCUUGAAGCCGAUCACCCUCAAGUCCAACCAGGAGUUCCUGAUCGCCAGCGACAAGUCAUGCGACGAUGGUGGCUGUGGAUACUCUCGCCCUGGCUCCGUUGCAUACCACGGCUUCAAGGGUGAGGACUCAGUCUGGCUCUUUGAGCUGAGCAUGCCUCUCGACGGAACCACUGGUUUCAACGCCGACAUGUCCGCUCUUUGGUUCCUUAACGCUCGCAUCCCCCGCGUUGCUCAGUAUAGCUCUUGCUCCUGCUGGCCUGCUUGUGGUGAGCUCGACGUUCUCGAGGUCCUCGCCACUGGCGAUACCAAGUGCAAGUCAACCAUCCACUCCAACGUCCCCGGCGGCUCAUCCGACUACUUCGACCGACCUACUGGCGCCCCCGCCAAGGUCGCUGUUGUCCUAGAUGGUGACUCUGGCCAGGUCUCAGUCAAGAUGUUGGACUCUAGCGUCAACUUGAGCUCUGGCAUCACCCGCUCCCAGGUGGAGGGCUGGCUCUCUGCCGACUCCGUCUCGACCGCAAGCACCGGCGGCAAGAGCAACCGGGUCUCCUUGUUCGCUUUGUCGUCUUGA